UUGAACAGAGAAAAAAAAAAUGAAUUCUUUGACAGCUUGUUCUCACAGCCACCACUUCCAUUUCCACCCCAAUUGCUUCACAAACACCAUACAUACCGAAACAAAGAGCAGCAAAAACAAAACCAUCUUUUUCUUCUUCAAACCUUUUUCAAAAUUCCAAUCCCUCACUACCCAAGCUCGCCUUGCUUCCUCUAUCCACCCACUGUCGCCACCGCCACCGCCACCAUCCACCAACAAUGCUGUUUUGGACUCAAAGCACACCACCCUUCUUGUGGAAGCUUACCAUGUUCACCGUGGACUGGGAAUCUUGCUCCGGAAACUUGAUAGCGUAGAUGGUGACCCUCUUAGGAUUCUUACUGAAGACGGUGAUUGGCCCAAAGAAUACUUUUGGGCUGUUGUCAAGUUCCUCAAGAAUGCAUCAAGGUUUUCGGAAAUCCUUCAGGUAUUUGACAUGUGGAAGAACAUUGAGAAAUCACGGAUUAGUGAGUUAAACUAUAACAAGAUAAUAUCCCUGUUAGUUGAAGGAGGGAUGAUGGAAGGUGCCAUGUCUACAUUGCAAGAGAUGAAAAUUCAUGGUCUCAAGCCUUCUUUGGACACCUACAAUCCGAUUAUCCACGGUUUCGCCAGAGAAGGUAAAUUCAGCGAAGCUUUGCGUUUUCUUGAUGAGAUGAAAGAAUUUGAUUUAGAGCCAGACACGGAGACUUAUGAUGGAUUGAUACGAGCUUAUGGUAAGUUUAAAAUGUAUGAUGAGAUUGGUAAGUGUGUGAAAAAGAUGGAGUUGGAUGGUUGUUCUCCUGAUCAUAUCACUUAUAAUAUACUCAUACAAGAGUAUUCACGUGGUGGGGUACUCCAAAGGAUGGAAAAACUAUAUCAAAGAAUGAUUUCGAAAAGAAUGCGUUUGCAAUCUUCAACAUUGAUUGCAAUGCUCGAUGCUUACACCACAUUUGGUAUGGUUGAAAAGAUGGAAAUGUUUUAUAGAAAAUUGCUGAACUCAAAAACAAGUCUAGAUGAUGAUUUGAUACGAAAAAUGGCUGAGGUUUAUAUCAAGAACUACAUGUUUUCUAGGUUAGAGGACCUUGGACUAGAUUUACGUUCAGCAUUCGGUGAAUCUGACCUUGUAUGGUGCCUUCGCCUCCUUUCUUAUGCAUGUCUUCUGAGUCGAAAAGGCAUGGAUAUAAUUGUUCAAGAAAUGCGAGAUGCCAAGGUUCAUUGGAAUGUUACCACUGCCAAUAUCAUCAUGCUGGCUUAUGUGAAGAUGAGAGAUUUCAAGAGGUUGAGAAUUUUGCUAUCGCUAUUCCCAAUGUAUCGAGUGAAGCCUGAUAUAGUCACUGUUGGAAUUUUAUUCGAUGCAAACAGAAUCGGCUUUGAUGGCAGUGGAACUUUAGAAGCAUGGAGAAGAAUGCGGUAUCAUUACCGAGUUGUAGAAAUGGAAACAGAUUCUCUGGUUCUUACUGCAUUUGGUAAAGGCCAUUUUCUAAAAAGCUGCGAAGAAAUGUACUCUUCCCUUCACCCAGAGUAUAGAGAAAGGAAAACAUGGACAUAUCAUGACCUUAUUACUUUAGUAUCAAUGUAUAGUGGCAAGUAACAUUCACUGUAUGAAAACAAAACAGAUAACAAAAGAGUUGGAGUAUGUAAAGAAAGUUUCAAUGUCUCACAUUAUUGUUUAUUGUCUAAUUGGGAUUAGGAGGUUGAAAAAAAAAAACACUUGUAACUAGCGGUUUAGGAAUUGUAGAUUUAUCAUACAUUACAUUACAAUCAGCUCUGCCACUUGUAAUAUUUUCCGUUUUCAGGUUGUUUCUCCCAGAUUUAAAAUGUAUACCAAGAAAAAAGUAUUUACACUCUUACAAGACAUGUUUUCCUCUC